ACUUCUAGCUUCUUCAUCAAUAUAUAAUCUCUGGAACAAUGGUAUCGCCGGCUAAGGCAUCCCAAACGCCCAUGACUCUGAAGCUCCUGAUCAACAGGAAGGCGCAAAAGGUCGUAUUUGCUGAAGCCGAAAAGCCUUUCGUCGAUUUCUUGUUCUUCCUCAUGUCGCUCCCGCUCGGCACCGUCACCAAACUUGUAAACCAGAAAUCCAUGGUGGGUUCCCUGGGAAAUCUUUACGGCAGUAUCGCCGACCUCGGGGAGACCUACCUGCAACCUGGUAUCAGCAAGGACACCUUCUUGAACCCGAAGAUGUCUGCUCCCUCUUCCGACGUGCCACUCCUCAUGCCUGCUCCUCCCGCCGGCAUGUCCGACUCCAAGAAGUUUUACAUUUGUUCUAACUACCGCAGCAGUAAUUAUUGUCGCGGUAACUGCAGCAACAACAUGAACAUUGAGGCUACAUAUGUUGCUCCGGCGAAGGCGCAGGCGUCUUCUGCCGCCGGCGAAGGUGGUGGAUUUGUGUGGGGGGUUGUGGGGUAUAUGGUGAUGGAUGACUUGAAGGUGAUGCCACAGUAUACCAUUUCAGCCAUUACAGCAAUGAAUGACAGCAACAUCAAUGAUUUUGGAUCCCUUGAGGUCAAGGUUGUCUCUUUGGGUCAAAAUGUGGGAUUGAAGUUGCUGAAGGCUGCUUUACAGACUAAUUCGGUUCUCACAUCUGUCUUCUUGGGAAAGUCUGCAGCCCAGUUUUGAAUUAACGCUAUAUUGGUGCGACUUAUUUUGUGAACAGCCCGCUGUUGAAUUAGGAUAUGAUUUUCGCCAGUCAUUUUUAUUUUGAGACAGUGUUUUGUCAUGUGCCCUAUGAUCGUUAAUGAUGCAAGAUGUGCACUUCUUUUUUGCUGUAUUCCAUCAUGUUUUUGAACUCUCUUAUUUUUGACAAUUUUUUUUAGCGCUUGUCUGAACUAUACUUGUACUUGUGCGUUGCACGGCCUAAUUAUAAACUAAAUAAUUAGGGAAAGUAUUG